AUGACUUCUCCAUUUCCAGCCAAGUUGAUUGUUAGCGUUGUCACUUUGCUUUGUUUAAUUCACUUUUCUAGUGUUUGUGAUGCUAUGAGGAUACUUAGGGAGGAAAAUGAUAAUAUUUUUAAGGAGGAAAAGGAUACAACAACUCCAGGUUCACCAAACACUGGAUCAGGAUUUCCAUUCAAUUUUCCGCCUUUUAAUAUCCCCUUCAAUAUGCCAAAUUUUACUAUUCCUGGCAUUCCUGGUUUUGGAAUUCCUGCUACUGGUACUGGUGGAUCGCCUGGUUCUGGAAGUCCUGGUACUGGUACUGGUGGAUCGCCUGGUUUUGGAAUUCCAGGUACUGGUGCUGGUGGAGCGCCUGGUUUUGGAAUACCUGGUUUUGGAAGUCCUGGUGCUGGUGCUGGUGAUAAUAAUCCAUUUAAUCUUCCAAUUCCUGGAGUUCCUGAUGUUGCUGUUCAGCCCCCAGCAUCCACCCCAUCAAUUCCUAUACAAGAGGAUUGCCUGGUUUUGGAAGUCCUGCUACUGGUGCUGGUAGAUUGCCAGGUUUUGGAAUACCUAGUACUGGUCUUUGGUGGAUUGCCUGGUUUUGGAAUACCUGGUGUUGGUGGAUUGCCAGGUUUUGGAAUACCUGGUACUGGUGCUGGUGGAUUGCCAGGUUUUGGAAUACCUGGUGUUGGUGGAUUGCCUGGUUUUGAAAUACCUGGUACCGGUGGAUUGCCUGGUUUUGGAAGUCCUAGUAUUAAUGAUAAUAACCCAUUUACUCUUCCAAUGCUUGGAGUUCCUGAUGUUUCUGUUCAACCCCCAGCAUCCAUCCCAUAA